AUGGCUCAUAGGAGUACUCGAGAUUCCCAUUCAUUCGCUUGCGAUGAAUGUCGCCUUCGGAAGUCAAGAUGCUCAAAAGAUCGGCCAGUUUGCAUACAAUGCAGCCAACUUAACAAGGAGUGCAAGUACAGUCCGAAGGUUACAAGAAGUCCUUUGACUCGACAGCACUUGACUUAUGUUGAAGAUCGGCUACAUGCAUUUGAAACAGCCUUGAGCAGGCUGUUCCCAGGAGGUGAUCUGGAUGCUACUCUACGCUCUCUUUUGCAGAACCAAGAUACACCCAAAGCUCCCUCGUCUAAUACAUCAUCAAGGCACUCAACUCCAGCUAGGCCUGAAGCCGAACGAGCAGAGCCGGCACCUGAAGCUCUACCCCUGCAAGCUGAUGGCUUUGACUGGGCAGAGAAAGAACUCACCCUGGGUGAUCUGACAGAUGGCAUGGCAGCACUCUCGAUCAAACCCGAAGGAGCUGGCUACUUCGGCGCCUCAUCCAGUGUAGUGCCCUUGCGAGCACUCUUCGACCAUGGCUUUGAUUUGAAUAUCCCAGUCCGCUCAGCAAGUUCCGGAGGAAUUCCUCUCAAAGCACAGCUCUUGGAGAGCGCACCAUCCGGCUUGAUCGAGCAAGCAUUCAUCGAUGCAUACUUCCUUAACUACCACACAAGCUAUCCAUUCGUUCACGAACCUACAUUCCGGGCUCAAUUCAAUGAGCCAUCUCUGCGUCCCCAUGGUACCGCAUGGCAAAUUCUCCUCAACACCAUUCUAGCCCUAGGUGCAUGGAGUAUUGGUGACGACAGCUCAGAUCUUGAUGUCACUUUCUACCAAGAAGCAAGAGCAUGCCUACAACAAGCAUCUGUAUUUGAGACUGGAAACCUAACACUAGUCCAAUCCCUGUUAUUACUGAGUAAUUAUGCUCAGAAGCGAAAUAAGCCCAACACAGGCUGGAAUUAUCUUGGUCUGGCCGUUCGAAUGGCCAUGAGUUUGGGACUCCACAAAGAGUUCCCCGGCUGGAAGAUCAGUUUACUCCAGCGUGAGAUCCGCCGAAGAUUGUGGUGGGGUGUUUUCAUCUUCGACAGUGGUGCUGCCAAAACCUUUGGUCGACCCAUCUUGCUUCCAGAAGAGUGUGUCAUGGAUGCGAAGCAGGUCCUCAACAUUCAUGAUGAUGCCUUGACCCCAGCUACAACAACACUUCCCUCUGAAUCUCCAGGACCAACGCUCUACUCCGGCCUGAUUGCACAGGCCCGCUUCCAUCUUCUCACGAACAGUGUUUACCAGCGCCUGAUUUCGAGUCCUACUGUCACCCCAGAAGAAACACUGAACCUGCAGAAACCAAUGGAAGAAUGGUAUACUGGCCUACCUUCUUACCUGCAUUAUCCUCUCCAGCCACUUGCUGUGCACCCAACUCAACCCGACCCAGACAACCUCGCUCUUGUGCGAAACCGUUUAUUAUGGCGAAACUGGAAUCUUAUCAUUUUGAUUUACCGCCCGAUUCUUCUCCGCUGGGCAGCACGACGCUGGGCACCACAAAGUGGAAGCUCAGAUGGGUCAUCCGUUAGUUCAGAUGCGGGGAUCGAAGAUCCAUACGAGACAGAAUGCCGGGUGCGUUGUUUACAAAACGCACGAUUGACAAUCGCUUCUAUCUCGGAGUACAUGGACAACUAUGUCUGCACGAGAAUCGGUGCAUGGUAUAUGCUUUACUUCCUCUUCCAAGCCGGUCUAAUCCCGAUCGUCUUCCUCAUGACCGACUCCUCAAACCCAGAAGCGCAAAGCUGGCUUCGAGAUAUCGAAACCACCAAGGCCCUUCUCGGCCACCCAUCCUUCGCGAACACCCGUUUCGCUGCACGGUGCUCCGAAGUCAUCCACCGCCUCUUGGGCACCCCAACAGGUGUGAUGUCCGGGCUACCAGGGGGAAACCAGCACACCCUCCAGCAGCAAUCCUUCCAACAGCCCCCACAGGGCUUUAUGCCAUUCCCCGAACAGCUGUUUAGUGAAACAGGGUUUCCUGGUAGUUUCUUUUCGACGGAUCAACCGAUGCCUAGUCCGGCGGGCAUGGACUUUUCAGAAUGGGUGACUUUUCCCGGACAGGAGCAAUAG